GGCGCCCUGUGAUGACGUACUCUGUUUGGUAGACUCGUCUCUGCACUAGUUGCCGCCGCGGCUGGGGAUGGCGGACGCGGCGGCUCUAAGCGGAGAGGACAAAGAGGAGGACGGAGGGAAGAAAGCCGCCACGGCGGAGACCCUGGGCUUCUAUGAGAGGACCGACGGGAGGAGGGCGAGGGAGAAGAGGAGGAACCUGUCUGAUCUUUCCCUAUUCAGGUUUAUCGGCGCUGAACUCACACGCGGUUACUUCCUGGAACAUAAUGAAGCAAAAUACAAGGAAAGAAGAGAGCGGGUGUACACCUGCCUGAGAAUACCCAGAGAGCUUGAGAAGCUGAUGUUCUUUGGGUUCUUCCUGUGCCUCGAUGCUUUCUUGUAUGUUUUCACAUUGCUCCCGCUGAGGGUCCUGCUGGCAUUUAUCAGGUUCAUUACACUGCCAUGUUGUGGAUUAAGUGAUGGUCGGUUGCUGCAGCCAGCUCAGGUCUGUGACAUAUUUAAGGGAGUGAUACUAGUGAUAUGUUACUUCAUGAUGCACUAUGUGGACUACUCCAUGAUGUACCACCUCAUCAGGGGACAGUCCGUCAUCAAGCUUUAUAUCAUCUACAAUAUGCUUGAGGUCGCAGAUCGCCUUUUUUCAUCUUUUGGACAAGACAUUUUGGAUGCUUUGUACUGGACAGCUACUGAGCCCAAGGAGAGGAAGCGGGCACAUCUUGGCGUCAUCCCGCAUUUCUUCAUGGCUGUGUUGUAUGUCUUUUUACAUGCAAUCCUGAUACUAGUGCAAGCCACCACUCUCAAUGUGGCCUUCAACUCUCACAACAAGUCGCUGCUUACCAUUAUGAUGUCCAACAAUUUUGUAGAGAUCAAGGGGAGCGUGUUCAAGAAAUUUGAAAAGAACAAUCUCUUCCAAAUGUCUAACAGUGAUAUAAAAGAGAGAUUCACAAACUAUGUGCUACUACUGAUUGUAUGUCUGCGAAACAUGGAGCAGUUCUCAUGGAAUCCAGAUCACCUCUGGGUGUUGUUUCCUGAUGUGUGUAUGGUAAUUGCAUCAGAGAUUGCCGUGGACGUCGUGAAACAUGCCUUUAUAACCAAGUUUAACGACAUCACUGCAGAUGUUUACAGUGAAUACAGAGCCAGUCUUGCCUUUGAACUUGUGAGCAGCCGCCAAAAAAACGCCUACACUGACUAUAGCGAUUCUGUCUCCAGGCGUAUGGGCUUUAUUCCUCUCCCUCUCGCAGUGCUUUUAAUCCGAGUGGUUACCAGCUCAGUGAAGGUACAAGGUGUCCUGGCAUAUGCUUGUGUGGUGCUCUUUUACUUUGGGCUGAUAACUUUGAAAGUCUUAAACAGUAUCGUAUUGCUUGGGAAGUCCUGCCAGUAUGUAAAGGAGGCCAAAAUGGAAGACAAGCUGUUCCAGUCACCUCCCACCGCUACACCAGGGAAACCACCAAGAAAGGCUCCGAACAAAUCCAAAACAAACCAAGGAGUCCCUACAGAUGAUGCCCAGAGCACAUCAGUCACCAGCCAGCCUUCACGGCAGAAUUCCACCGCGCCACUGCUUGUACAGAGUAACCCCGACCAGUUCCUGACUACGCCAGAUGGAGACGAGAAGGACAUUACGCAGGAUGGCACAGAGCUAAAAAACAGCUCGGCUAACAAAGACCUACUUGAGAUUGACAGGUUCACCAUCUGUGGGAACAGGAUUGACUAAAAGCUUUUUUCCGUUCAUUGGUGGAGCAGAAAAACACUUGCUGGACUUGGCACUUAGAUAUUUAUUUUUGAAUUUUACUUUUAAGUUAUUUUCCAUGGCAAAGUCAGUUCCCUUCCAGCAGGCCGGCAUGCAUUGGAGCUGGUUAAUGCCAAUCCGAGAAGAUGAGAUUUUUGUAAAUUACGCUUGCAAGCUUUGCCGGAGAGAGACGAAAGUCAGAAGAGCUUUGCUUUGCAAAGCCAAGCUUUGUAAAUGAUUUUUCUUUUCACCUCAAGGGUUCCAAUUUUAAUGUAAAAACUUUUGGCCAGCCUUGAUAAAUUUCCUCAUCUGUCAUUGCCAGCUAUUGUAAUACAGGUUAAUCAACUAGGCCAAGAUCAAAUGCCUUAACAAUUUCCUAGAAACAAAACCAUAGUAAACUAGGAAUAGAUUCCUUCCAAAAAAGCCUCAGUCUAGUGUGAUAAAAUUAUACAACACCUCGCCAACGUA